UCCAUCCAUUAUAUAAAUUUAUUUUAUCCAAAACUACCCCUAACCUAUGGCUCUCCCUUCCACACUCAUCAUUAUUUCUUUCACAUAUCACACAAAUUCUAACCCUUGGACCUCAUACCAUACCACACCAUGAAUGACAAAGUAGACAAGCUAGUGAUCUUCCUAGCAAAGAGAGAUGGUAUUGACAAGCUUGUCAAAACAUUCCAAUAUGUAUCAAAGCUUCUUGUUUGGCACCUCGAAACAAUCAAUCCAAACGCGGCCCAUCGGGCCAAACAAUGUGAGGUGGCAUCGGGGAUGAGCCGAAAAGCGUUCAGGAGCGGACGGUUUCUCACGGGCUUCAACACCCUAAGGAGAAACCCAGGCCCGACCCCGACUUACAAGUUUCUCUCAGUCUUUGGUAACGCAGGCGAAAUGGUCUAUUUCUUUUUCGACCAUUUCACUUGGUUAUCAAGAAUAGGAGUUUUGGAUGCAAAUCUGGCUAAGAAAAUGAGCUUUAUAUCGGCUUUUGGGGAAUCGGUGGGGUAUGUAUUUUUUUGUGUUAUAGAAUUUAUGAUGAUCAAAGAAGGGAUUGAAAAAGAAAGAAGGAUUAAAAAGAGUUUGUUAUCGGAAUCAAAUGAAAAAGAAGAUGAAAUUAAGAAGAUUAAAGUUGAUAGAUUGAUGAGAUUAAUGGCCGUGGCUGCAAAUUUGGCAGAUUUGAUUAUUGGGCUAGCUGAGAUAGAGCCCAACCCAUUUUGUAAUCAUGCUAUAACACUCGGUAUUAGUGGGCUUGUCUCUGCAUGGGCCGGAUGGUACAGAAAUUGGCCAUCUUGAGUUAGGGUUAAGAGGGAAACUUACUUAUUUGCCUAUGUAUCAUGAUUCAUGCUUUUAUAUAUAAUUUUAUUUUUCAUUA